AUGGAGGCAUCCAGCCUUUUCAAACUGUUGCUGGGUACUAACUGGAUUCUUUUUUUAUGGAAUUACUACCUCCAUUAUCGCCAAUACGAAGUACAUCGUAAAAAUGAGAAAAGGCCAAAGCAUGUGGACGCGUUGAUCACUGAAGAGGAAUACACCAAAGCUCGUGAUUACAAAUUAGAUAAGCACGUUUUCUGCUUCGCACAUGAUCUAUUUGGGCAAGUAUGGACUACAUUUAUUCUCAUCGGUGGUUGGCUGCCAUGGCUAUGGUAUGCUUGCGGAUCCUACCCUCUUCAUUCUGUUGUAUUUCUUGCUUGCAACUCACUUGUGGAUACUCUAGUCGAUCUACCAUGGGACAUGUACGAUACAUUUGUUAUCGAGGAGCGACACGGGUUCAAUAAACAGACAGUCGGGUUUUAUUUUGUAGACAAGGCCAAGAAAAUUGCACUAUCGUUAGCCAUAAUGGCCCCAAUUUUAUUAGUUGUUGAAUGGAUUGUUGAACAUGGAGGCCCAUACUUUUUCGUUUACGUGUGGAUGUUCGUAUCUAUUGUUCUUCUUCUGCUACUGACAAUCUAUCCGGCCUUUAUAGCGCCAUUGUUUGAUAAAUAUAUUCCUUUACCCGAUGGAGAGCUUAAGGUUGCCAUAGAAAAACUCGCAGCUUCAGUGAACUUCCCGCUGACAAAAUUAUACGUCGUAUACGGUUCCAAACGCUCCGCCCACAGUAAUGCCUAUAUGUAUGGUUUUUGGAAUAACAAGCGAAUUGUGCUGUAUGACACAUUGCUGAGCGGAGAGGAGAAAGAGAAGGUUAUUAAGGAAUGUGCUGAAGCGGCUGAAGAGAUGAACGAUAAGGACAAGGCUCGAGGAAUGUCGAAUGACGAGGUGGUAGCUGUGCUAGGGCACGAACUUGGCCAUUGGGCGUUGUGGCAUACGCUGAUCAACUUGAUCAUAACUGAAUUGAACAUUCUUUUGAUGUUGACAGUGUUUGCUUAUUUUUACCGCUGGAAGCUGCUCUACAAG